GGGCACCGAGUCACCAGGCACGACAGUGGGCACCGAGUCAACUGGCAUGACCGCUGGCACUGGGUCAGACAUUGGAUCGUCUGGCUGGACAGCGGGCAUCGGGUCACCAGGCAUCAGGUCAUCAGGUCGGGUCACAGCGGGCAUCGGGUUUGGCUCGACAGCGGGGGCACCAGUGCGUCAUCUGGCAAGGCAGUGGGCUCCGAGUCAACAGGCACGACAGUGGGUCACCGGGUCAUCAGGUACCGGGUCAUUGUCCGGAUGGCUUUGACAGCGGGCACCGGGUCACCAGGCAUUGGAUCGUCUGGCUCGACAGCGGGCAUCGGGUCACCAGGUAUGACAGCGGGCCCUGGGUCACCAGGCAUCAGGUCAUUUGGCUCGCCAGCGGGCACCGCGUCAUCUGGCAAGGCAGUGGGCACCGAGUCACCAGGUACGACAGCGGGCUCUGAGUCAAUUGGCACGAUAGCGGGCACUGGAUCAGGUACCGGAUCAUCUGGAUCAACAGCGGGCAUCGAGUCAACUGGCCUAAUAGGAUCAUCAGGCUGGAUCAGCAGAAGAGAGGCAUCAGGCUGCGUAAAGGCAUCAGGCUGAGUACAGGCAU